AAGGUUGUUUUAUUUUGGAAAAUGAAGACAUUAAGUCAGUGAGAAGAGAGAGAAAUAAAAGCGGGGAAGAAAACAUUAACACAAUGUAACUCUGUUGUGUUGUGUCCAUUCCAUAACCUAAUUCCGUCAUAACGAUUGGCGCUUAAGCAAAGAUGUAAGCAAUAUUCAUUCCUUCCGCCAAAGCCAAAAUGACUGCAUCGACGUCUUUUUUUCUCCCAAACUCAAUCUUUUGAUUUCAAGAGAAUGCAAGUUACAUUGACGGUUGUCUAAGUUGGCAGUUAUCAUGGGAUCAGCUUGUUGUGUUGCUGCAAAGGAUCAUACUAUUCCCAGAAGAACUGGAGGUGAAAGUAUACAUAGAAAUGGCGUAUGUUCGCCGUCAUGGAGUUUUCAGUGGGAUAGUUGGGGCCGUGUUGCUGGUGAAAUUGAGGAUCCUUCCUUUCACUCAUCUCGCAGAGUCAGUAGAAAUGUAAGCAUGGAGUUAAAAGGGUCAUUAAGUUCUGAAAGAGGCAAUUUAUCUGAUGGGGGAAGCACCCUGGAUAAUUCCGUGUCAUCUAUGUCUCAGAAGUCCCCUGUUCGGGAGCAUUUGGUUACAAGUCAGAUGACUCUAUCUUCAGAUUUAUCCAUGUCAAGUAAUUGCUCCGCAGUGGUGAAGAAUCUGAUUGGAUCACCAGAGAUUGCAGAAUCUUCAAUACCAAAUCAUUCAAUACCUUCAGUUUUCUCAACUCCUGGGACAGAUUCCAUGCCUAAUCAUAAUUAUCACAAUCUUCCUAGCUCAACCCUAUCCAGAUGGGCUCAUCGUUCUCCAGGACACCCACUGUUGAGACAAAUAUCUGAUAGUCGAAUUCUGGGCCUGAAAUCACCUGACACCUCAAUUUCUGAAGGCAGGCCAUCAUUUGUACUCUCCAAUUUUAGCAAUGAAAUGGCAACAGGAUCCCAAUGUGGGUCAUCUGAUGGCUGGUCUAUGCGCACCUUUUCUGAAAUGGUGGCCUCAUCUCAAAAGGAAAGGUGGUCUUUUGAUAGUGAAUAUUCGGGUUCAGGCCAUCAGAAGAUAAGUGGAACUAGUAGCAGAUUCUCGUACUCUCCCUCAAUGGAUUUACAGACUUGUGGGGCUUGCUCCAAGCCCUUGACCGAAAGAUCUGCAUGGGGCAGCCAGAAGUUUAUUGCCGGCAAUGACCUCUCAGUUGUUGCUGUACUGGUGUGUGGUCAUGUAUAUCAUGCAGAAUGCUUGGAGACUGUGACACCGGAGGCAGAUAGUUAUGAUCCAGCUUGUCCAGUUUGUAUGGUUGGAGAGAAGAACUUGUCAAAGUUUUCCAAAAAGGGUCUUAGAUUGGAAUCAGAGACUAAGGCCAAAAGCUACAAGAUAUCUAGAAACCGAGUAGUUGAUAGCUACCUUGAUGGUGGAUUAGAUGUUUUUGAUCGGCUAAAAGAUGUAGUUUCAAAUAUGGAGCCUAGCUCCAGUUCAAGGAGUUCAUUUGGAAAGCCCUUCUUGAGGCGGCAUUUUUCAUUGGGAUCCAAAUGGAGCCGGUCCCUAUUAGAGAAUGAUUCUGCUAGGAAGAAGGACUUUUGGGCAAGAUAUCGUAAAGAUUGAGCUUUUUUAGUAGCAGCAACAAUCAUACUAGUAACCCCCAAGUUAGAAUUUCAUGUUUCCUAUGCAGUCUAGCUUUAGUAGUAGUUUUAGACUUUUAGUUUAGAUUUAUUUCAAAUUUAUUUUGAAUUGUCACCAGAAGUUCUCACCAUGUUGUUGUUCAUAUUAAUUGUAUGAAUGAAGCUUCUUUCGACAAAAAUCAGAGCAUUAGGCCUUAGCAGCGACGAACACUGGGAUGCGAAGAAACAAAUACACCGUGUAUUAAAACGGUUCACUUGUGUUGUAACAACAUUGACUCGCU